AUGGCGGAGCCACCCGCACCGGCACCGGCACCGGCACCGCCCAUGCCCAAGUCAUCUCCGCGGCCGCUGCCGCGGCCGCGCAACCACCACCCGCCGCCGGGCCUCCGCGCCCUGCCCGCCUUCUCCUACAACGCCCACCGCGGCCUCGUCCUCGGCCUCACCUUCCUCGCCUACGCCCUCUACCACGCCUCCCGCAAGCCGCCCAGCAUCGUCAAGCGCGCGCUCUCCAAGUCCUGGCCGCCCUUCUACGACCCCGCCCUCCUCGGCGAGACCGAUGUCGCCUUCCUCGCCUCCUACUCCCUCGGCAUGUUCGGCGCCGGCCAUCUCGGCGAUCGCCUCGAUCUCCGCAUCUUCCUCGCCGCGGGGAUGGUCGGGAGCGGCGCCGCCGUCGCCCUAUUCGGCGCCGGGUACUUCCUCUCCCUGCACUCCCUCCUGUUCUACGUCCUCGCCCAGGCCAUCGCGGGCCUUCUCCAGUCAACCGGCUGGCCCUCGGUGGUCGCCAUCGUCGGCAAUUGGUUCGGCGGCCGGAGACGCGGCCUCAUAAUGGGCAUAUGGAACGCGCACACCUCCGUCGGGAACAUCAGCGGCUCUCUUAUCGCCGCCGCCGUGCUGCGGUACGGGUGGGGCUGGUCGUUUGUGGUCCCCGGCGGUCUCAUUGCGCUCGGCGGAGUUCUUGUGUUUUUCUUCCUCGCGCCUUACCCAGAGGACGUUGGUUUCGCGCCGUCGCCGCCCAAGAAGGCCAGUGAGGCGAGCACCGACGAGGAGGACAGAAGCAGCAGAAGCACCGCCGGUGGCACCGGGGAGGACAGAAGAGAUGCCGUGGGAAUCCGGAAGGCGUUCUCCAUUCCAGGCGUGUUCACCUUCGCUGCCUGCCUCUUCUUUGCCAAGCUGGUCGCCUACACCUUCUUGUACUGGCUCCCGUUCUACUUGACCCAAACUGCUAUUGGAGGUGAGUACAUGUCGGUGACGGAUGCUGGUUAUAUAUCAGUGUUGUUCGACGUAGGGGGAAUCAUUGGUGGAAUUCUUGCUGGGUUCAUGUCUGAUCAGCUUGAUGCUAGGGCCACCACUGCAGCAAUGUUUAUGUAUCUGGCAAUUCCAUCUCUGUACGCCUUUCAUGCAUAUGGCAGUACUUCAAAAGUUACAAACAUUGCCCUGAUGAUGAUCAGCGGAUUGUUUGUUAAUGGGCCUUACGCUCUGAUAACAACUGCAGUUUCUGCUGAUCUGGGGACUCACAAAUCUCUCAAAGGAGACUCUCGUGCUUUGGCCACGGUGACAGCAAUUAUAGAUGGGACAGGCUCGCUGGGUGCUGCCUUGGGGCCAUUUAUCACGGGUUUCAUUUCGAAGACUGGAUGGGAUUCAGUGUUUAUAAUGCUUAUAGUUUGUGCAUUGAUUGCUGGUGCGUGUUUAUCAGGUCUUGUGAAAUCAGAAAUUCAACAGAUCAUUGAAAACUGGAGGAAUCGCUCAACUCACCUGCAGAAUGGAACUGCAGAUUCUGGUGCUCAACCACUUUUAGCGGGAAGUAGUUGAUGGCAAGGCAAUCUCGGUGCAGGUGUGGUGGUAAUGUACGUGGGAUACAUUUUUGUAAUGUUGUCUUAGCUGAGAUGAUGCAGUAGUUGAUCGUGGAGAAAGGCUAAACUAGACGGAGAGAAGGGAAAACAGUUUCAGUAUAUUUGUGCUAACUGCUGAAGAUCACAGCAAGCAAAUAGGGUUGGGGUAGCAUAUGUUGUCAUCCUUUUGGCACAUGGUAGCAUAGUCCAUCUCUAGUAACAUCAUCCUAAAGAUAUCUAUGUGCUGUAGGAUCCGCGCCUUCUUCUCAUAUUGCUGCGCUUUAGGGGCUAGGUGAACAUAAGAGUCCAAUGACUUCCUGUUUGAAGUAACAUCUGAGCUCGGAGACUAUAUGCUACAGUAUUUGUACUGUAUAUGCCUUCCCCAUCAAU